AUGCUCAAGUCUACGCUCUCGACCCUCGUCGUCCUCUCUGCAUUCGUCACGACGGGGAGCAGGGCAGCGCCGCCGACGUCGGGCUUCACGCAGGUGGGACACCUGAAGUGUGCCCAGCCCAGCGCCGACCUUUGGGUCCUCGAAAGCACCUCGGACCACGAGCUGUACCUCUACGGCGAGACCAAGGGCGACCUCGGCCUAUCGCUCGUCAAGACCGCCACGGGCGCAGUCGUCGCGGGCCCCCUGAUCCCGUCGAACCAGGUCAAGUGCAAGCAGGUGUCGCCCGCCGCGCUCCAGGCGUGCAGGGACCUCGACUCGCGCCUGCACCCGACGCAGAAGGAGAGCGACGGCAGCAGCAAGUACACGCUCAAAGUCGAUGCUACCGUCCACGGGCUUGGCGCGGUCUGA